GUCUAAAUAUUUUUGCAGUGGUAAAUUUGCUUAAAUGGCGCCAAGAGGUGAGUUUUAUGAUUUCCCCACAUGUUUACGUUUUGCUUUACGGCAUGUGCUCCAAUUGGAUGAUCUUGCCAAUAAAUUUGCUGGACAAAAGUGAAUUAGAGCUACAACGUUGUUAUAUACCCUACCAGGAAGAUGGCGUUAUAACCAUCAAUGGCACUUGGUGCAAAUGUGUGCUUGAGGAUGGCAGCUACACCAUUUGUCAUGUGGAACAGCGCGCUGGAGCUGAAAAAAGUUGCUUUGUGGAUGAUGUGGUUGCAUCGGCAGGAUUCGUAGCCAAAAAGCAACGUGUAUGCUGCCUAGAGCCCUUAGCGCCAACAACCAAUGUUGAACGAGUGGUCUGCAAUGUUAACAUUACCGAGCAGCUACUUCAACGAGCGCAAAUCUCUUUAGAGCAACUGCAUCAAGAUGUAGCCACCUUUCUGCGCCACCUGAAGCUGAUGAAAGGUUGCUUUGUACAACAUGCGCGACUUCUGAAACUGGGCAUAGCUAGCAUUGAAAUAUGCGAUGUACAGGGCACAGAUUUGGCAUCCAACAGCUGCUUCGAGUUGACGACGCUAGAGAUCUUCGACGUACGUCUGCCCGCGGCAACCACCUUGCCACGCAUCAAACGUUUUCAGCCGCACGGUUUUGAGGAGCCCUUACAGGCGCUGGAGCAGCUGCUGCAAAGUAUCAGAAGACCACAAUUUAAAGGAUUGCCUCUAAAUGCACUUUUAGUCGGCGCCGUCGGAUCUGGGAAGAGCUGCCUGCUAGCAGAGUUUCUACAUCGACACAACUGCAAUUGCUUCAAUAUAACCGCCUCCCAAGUCCUGCGCUCACAGCCCGGCGAAACGGAAACGGAACUGCGGCGCAUCUUCCACUCCGCUCACUCCUUUCAGCAGCUGCUGCAUCCCAAGCAGCCGAUUGUCAUGUUGCUGGAGGAUCUCGAGUUGCUGUGCCCCGCAACAAGCUCCUCUGAUGCACGGAACUCGGGCAAUGCCAUGCGCAUAACGGCACAGCUCUACAAGCUCAUCGAUGAGCUGCCACAGCGCGGUAGUGGAAUCUUGUGCCUGGCUAGCAGCAGCUCGCCCAAUGCAGUGCAUCCGCAUGCACGUCGCGCUGGUCGCUUCGGCUAUGAGAUCAGCAUCGAUAUGCCCACGGAACAGCAACGUCGUCAACUGUUUGCUGGACUGUGGCAGCAGCAGCUCGAGGAGAAUCAGGAGCAGCAGCACUUGGAGCUGCUUACUCCAGCACUGCUCGACUAUGUGGCACAGCAGACGCAGGGCUAUGUUAUAGCUGACUUAACACUUCUGUUGCGUCAACUGCAGCAGAAGAUGCUCAGCCUACUGCCCACGCCAAAUCAGUUCGAUUCUUUGCUAAGGAAUUGCCUCCUGCAGUGCCAGCCGAGCGCUUCGAGAGCUACGGAUGUGAGAGUUCUGAAGCUCUCUACAGGCUUCGAGUCAAUUGGCGGCAUGGCUGCGCUUAAGCGCACGCUGCAGGUCUCCGUCUUGGCAGCUCUCCAGCACAGCGAGGCGCAUGCACGCUUUGGCCUAAGCCUGCCGAAGGGCUUGCUGCUCUAUGGCCCGCCUGGCUGCGCUAAGACGAGCAUUGCCAAGUGCCUGGCCAAGGAGGCGAACAUGACCUUCAUAGCCAGCUCGGCGGCGGAGGUCUACUCGCCAUAUGUGGGCUGUGCGGAGCGCUUCAUUACGCAAAUCUUUAACACAGCUCGCAAGAAUGCGCCCUGCCUCAUAUUUCUGGACGAGAUUGACUCGCUCGUCGGCCGGCGCACAGUUGCCAAUGGCUCAGGAGGCGGCAGUGUCCAGCUACGCAUCCUCUCGACGCUGCUCACCGAAAUGGACGGCAUUGUCAGCGGCGGCGACAGUCUGCAGCACAUUCUCGUCGUGGCCGCCACCAAUCGCCCGGACAUGGUGGACGAUGCGCUGCUGCGUCCCGGACGCUUUGACAAGCUCAUCCAUAUUCCAGCGCCGGAUUUGCCCUCACGUCUGGCUGUGCUGCAGCUGCACGCACAACGCAUGCCGUUCCAUGACAACGUGCAGCUAGAGGAGAUCGCCUCACGCACCAGCAACUACUCUGGCGCGGAUUUGUGCAAUCUGUGCAAUGAAGCAGCCAUUGAGGCCUUCCAGCGCGACUUCAAUGCCAGCCACAUUCAGCUGCGCGAUUUCGAAACGGUUUUGGCCAGGCAAAAGUCCUCCCUCGACCAGCAGCAGAUCGACAGUUAUUACGAAUUUGCUGCGAGACAUGCAUAAGAAAGUUUUUAACUUAAAUUUGUAAAUAAACAAAAAAUAUUACUUAACUUUUGAUAAGCCAAAAAUAUUGGAAAUCAUGAUCUAUUUUAGACAUAUAUAGAUAUUCCCUCCAGCCUAUUUAUUUAAAUUAAAUAAUAC